AUGAAUGCAUUGGCCCCCAUCAAGUUGUCGGCGAUGCAGCAUGCAGCAAUCAGGUUCUACAGCUGCGUCAUCGCGACCAGUAUGCAUCGCACAACUCAGCCAUACUUUCAACUGGACCAGCGAGAUGACGCACGUAUUGAAUCUGAUCCGUCACAUCUUCGCCUUUGGGUCAACAAGUGCCUCGUGCCAGCUGUUCAGAGAAGCCCUGACGUUCCAAGGGAUGCCAGAACGAUGGUGCUGCCCUUUAUAAACCCCUCUGGUUCCACAUACCCGAUCCCCCUCGUCCUUAAUUCUUCCCAGCGGUUUUUCGGUUUCUCUCUCGUGGCUCCGCCAGCAGACACCAUGGUGAAACAUAAGCAUCUCGAUCGCAUUCUGAACCACGUCUUUCCCAAAGAGCAAAAGCAAGAACACCAUCAUCAUCACUAUCAGCAAUGCCAGAACUGUACCAGCAAUGGCCCCUGCCAGGCACCUCAGGGGCCUCCCCAGGGGUUGCCGCAUCACCCCCAACAGCGGCCGACGCCGCCUGCCUCUCCUCCAGCAUCUGGACCACAGGCGGUUUUCGCUCACUUUAUUGUGGGCAAUGCGUACUCCAUGACUCCGCAACACUGGGAGACCGACAUAAUCGAAGCCUCAAAAGCGCAUAUCGAUGGUUUUGCGUUGAACGUGGCCCCCCAGGAUGACUAUACUGACCGGGUACUCCAAACGGCGUAUGAUGCCGCCGAAAGGAUCGGCAAUUUCUCCUUGUUCAUUUCUUUCGACUAUGGAUCUGGAGGCCCGUGGCCUGCAGACAGAGUGAUCAACACCAUCAAUGCGUACAAAAAUCGAAAGGCACAAUUCCACUUUCAUGGGAAGCCCCUGGUUUCUACGUUUGAAGGAGUUGCCAAUGCAGGCGACUGGCGAAGGAUCAAGAGUGUUACCAAUUGCACAUUUAUGCCAAAUUGGACCAGUAUGGGACCGCAGGGUAUCGGCAGCGUCCUACACGAGAUAGACGGUGCGUUCAGUUGGGAUGCAUGGCCUGUUGGGGCCCAUGAUAAGAACACGUCAAGUGAUUUAGCAUGGAUGAAGGCUCUGGCAGGAAAGCCAUACAUGAUGCCAGUUGCCCCUUGGUUCUAUACCAACCUUCCCCAAUGGCAUAAGAACUGGCUCUGGCGUGGAGAUGAUAUGUGGCACUAUCGAUGGCAGCAGGUUAUGGAGCUGCAGCCUUCGCUUGUCCAGAUUCUGAGUUGGAAUGACUAUGGGGAAACCCAUUAUAUCGGACCAAUUUAUGACCCUGGAAUCCCGGAUGGAGCGGCACGAUAUGUCCAGAAUCAUCCGCAUGAUGCGUGGCGGGAACUCUUGCCUUAUUACAUUGAUUCAUACCGCCGCAACUUGAUGAAUCCUCACAGCCAGCUCAGAUCCGCGUCCCCUGGCUUUUACAAUCCAAGGUACCCCAUGUCUUUCACAGAUAAGAUUGUCUACUGGUACCGAUUGAACCCCAGCUCUGCGGGAAGCUCCGAAGGCACCACCGGGAACAACCCAGCCGCGGGUCAGCAGGUUCUGCCACCUGGCCAAAUAUCUCAGGACCGAGUAUUCUUCAGCACCAUCAUAUCCCAGCCGAGUGAUGUAUAUGCUCAAAUCGGAAGUGAAUCACCGACAUUCUUCCGAGUGAAGACACCAGGUCUCAACCACUUUUCUGUGCCGUUCUACGGACAACAGGGCCCCGUCAGAUUCGGAAUCAAGCGAAAUCAUCAGGAAGUAGCAACCGCAACUGGCCCGCCGAUUACUGAUCAAUGUGCGGGUGGUGUUGUAGACUGGAAUGCUUUCGUGGGUUCCAGCAGCUAG